CACCUGACGACGCCAGAGUCCAUAUACCAUUUGCGCAUUGGCUUGGCCUCAUUUGCCUCCUACCCUUUCUCUUAUAGACGGUUCAUGCGCAUCUUGUGGCCUUUCACCUCCCUCUCCAUGAUCUUCACGCUCUUCUACGCCCGCCUCUUUGUCGCUGAGAGCAACUCCUUCAAGAAACUCAACUUGCAGUCUUGGAUGAUACCCAGAUAUAAUCUACAGUACUUGUUAAAAUGGAGGAAAGACGCGAUCAACACCAUGAUUGAGAAAGUGAUAUUGGAGGCAGAUAAAAAAGGAGUGAAGGUGCUUAGCCUGGGUCUCAUGAAUCAAGGGGAGGAGCUGAACAGGAAUGGAGAGGUGUAUAUCCACAAGCAUCCAGAAGUGAAAGUAAGAGUGGUGGAUGGCAGUAGAUUAGCAGCAGCCGUUGUGAUUAAUAGUGUAUCCAAAGCUACUCAAAACGUCGUGAUGACAGGCCAUCUCACUAAGGUCGCCUAUACCAUCGCCUCUGCUCUCUGCCAGAGAGGCGUUAAGGUCUCCACUUUGCGUCUAGACGAGUACGAGAAACUAAGAUCAUGCAUUCCCCAAGAAUGCAGAGACUAUUUGGUCUAUCAAACCUCCGAAGUACUCUCAUCAAACAAGGUAUGGCUGGUGGGAGAAGGAACAACUAGUGAAGAGCAGGAAAAAGCCACAAAAGGAACAUUGUUUAUACCAUUCUCACAGUUCCCCCUCAAGCAGUUACGUAAAGAUUGUAUCUAUCAUACCACACCGGCCUUGAUAGUUCCAAAAUCUCUGGCGAAUAUCCACUCCUGUGAGAACUGGUUACCAAGAAAGGCGAUGAGUGCAACUAGAGUGGCCGGCAUAUUGCACGCCUUAGAAGGGUGGGAAGUGCAUGAGUGUGGCACAUCCCUUCUUCCCUCCGAUUUGGACCAGGUAUGGGAAGCCUUUCUCAGCCACGGCUUCCAGCCUCUCCUCCUUCCACAUCAUUAAAACUCCAACCGGACAAUGAAACAUUUUAUGAAAAUGAGAGCGACGCACGUUGUGUGCAUUUAUUUCCUUAUGAUCCAGCUCUUCCACAGUCCAUGAACUAUGGAACAUAUAUAAUUUUCACACAUCUUAUAUAUGAUUUACGUAUUUGUAUGCAUAUCAAGCUUUUGGUGAUUAUGAUAUUGAUGUACAAUUAAGCUUGGUUAUUAUGGUAUUAAUAAGAGUACUAUUUCCUUUUUUUCUUUUGUCAAGAAGAAUAGUUCUUUGUUUUUCAAUUUCUU